GUUGUCUCCCUGGGAGAAGUGCAGGGAGAGUCCUGAGCCAACAGCAGUCGCGGGGGUCUCCGGUGACAGAGACCGCGGCAGCGGCCCCGCGGGCGGGAUGUUCCAGGGUUUGAGCAGUUGGCUGGGCUUGCAGCAGCCGGAGGCGGGCGGUGGGCAGUCUGCGGGACACAGGCAGCCCCCUGGAGACGUUCCACCCGAGCAGCGCUCCGACAUGGUGGUGGAGUCCGCGGCCGGCCAGCGGCAGCAAACGGGGGACCAGGAGCUCCUCCACCAGGCCAAAGGCCUCGGCAACUAUCUAUUUAACUUUGCAACUGCUGCCACCAAAAAGAUAACAGAAUCAGUUGCUGAAACAGCACAAACGAUCAAGAAAUCUGUGGAAGAAGGAAAAAUAGAUGACAUCAUUGAUAAGACAAUUAUAGGCGAUUUUCAUAAGGAACAGAAAAAAUUUGUGGAGGAGCAGCAUACAAAGAAGUCAGAUGCAGCUGUGCCCCCAUGGGUUGACAGUAGUGAUGAAGAAACCAUUCAACAACAGAUCUUGGCUUUAUCAGCUGACAAGAGGAAUUUCCUUCGUGACCCUCCAGCCGGUGUGCCGUUUAAUUUCGACUUUGAUCAGAUGUACCCCACUGCCCUGGUCAUGCUCCAGGAGGACGAGCUACUGAGUAGGAUGAGAUUCGCCCUUGUUCCUAAACUCGUAAAGGAAGAGGUGUUCUGGAGGAACUACUUCUACCGGGUCUCCCUGAUUAAGCAGUCGGCCCAGCUCACUGCCCUGGCCGCCCAGCAGCAGGCGGCGGGAAAGGAAGAGAAGGGUGCUGGCAAGGAGGACAAUUUGCCACUGGCAGAGGCAGUACGGCCCAAAACGCCACCUGUUGUAAUCAAAUCUCAGCUUAAAACUCAAGAGUAUGAAGAAGAAAUUUCUACUAGCCCAGGUGUUUCUGAGUUUGUCAGUGAUGCCUUCGAUGCCUGUAACUUAAAUAAGGAAGAUCUGAGGAAAGAGAUGGAGCAACUAGUGCUUGACAAGAAGGAAGAGGAGACAGCCAUCCUCGAAGAGGAUGGCGCAGAUUGGGAAAAAGAGCUACAACAGGAACUUCAAGAAUACGAAGUGGUGACAGAAUCAGAGAAACGAGAUGAAAACUGGGAUAAGGAAAUAGAGCAAAUGCUUCAGGAGGAAAAUUAGCUGUCUCCUGAAAUAAAAGAAUACUCCUUAACAUUCUGCAAACUGAUAUUAAAUUCUAGAUGUUGACAUUCACUGAA